UAUAAUUCCCUCUCUCCAUGAGGCGUGUCGAUUCUCGAGUACCGAAUAUAUCUCCGAUCUAGAUUCAUCGAAUAUCUAGAAUUAAACAUGUCCAUCUCCGAAGAGGUUCCCGCGGCCAAUGAUCCAUUUUCCCGGACCAUUCUCGCCCUGAGAUCUGUCCAAUUGACUAUUAAAUCCAAACAGUACUUUGGAUUUGAUCUAGACGAUACACUGCACGAGUUCCGGAAAGCAUCCGCCUUCGCCUCAUCAGCUGUUUUCGAGGCAAUCCGCCGAGAUACCGGUAUCGAAAUGGACUCCCUCAAAACAGCAUACACCGAAAUCCUACGAUCUAAGACAGCGUCUGCAUUUACUGAGGGCAAGACGUCAACGGAAUAUCGGAGGGAUAGGUUCUCGCUUCUUCUCCAAGCCCAUGGCUUCGAAACCUUUGAUACGAUACUCGAACGUCUAUUAGACAUCUACAAGAAUAGCUUGCAGGCUGUAUUGGAACUUAAACCCGGCGCUCUAUCUCUCCUUCAAACUCUCAAGCGCCUAAACAAAAAGAUUAUAGUCAUCACAGAAGGCCCGCAAGAUGCCCAAGAAUGGACAGUCCGGGAACUCGGAAUAGCGCCGUAUAUCGAUAUCCUAGUCACGACCAAUGAGAUUGGAAAAUCGAAGGUUGACGGCUUGUUUUCUGUCGUUCUGGAGAAAUACAGUAUUGAUGCUGGGGAUAUUAUUUACGUGGGGGAUAACGAGGUGAGGGACGUAGUGCCAGCGAGAAGUGAGGGGUUGUUGGCAGUGUUUUAUAAUGAGCAUGGAGAGACGAGAUUGGAUGAGGGUGAUGGGCUUUCUGUAAAGACCUUGGGAGAGUUGGAAGAUACGUUAAAUAUUUGAGUUGCACUAAGGUAGUUGAACGUUAACUGCUUCUAUCCAGUCCGGUCUGUCAAUAUAUGCACGGCAUAUUACUGUCGAGAUUCAGGUUAAAAUUAGGUUAACAGUCUCAUUUGACCUUCUUGUUAGAGGAGCUAAGAGCGCCAUCUU